AGGGCCGUAUGAUAUUGUUGUUAUUGUGAGCCGGAUGCCCUGUGUGUUGUAUUUUAUUGAAUUUUUAUACAUGGAGUUAGAUUUAGGUAUAAGGGAAAUUCUGUCGAAAUUUCGAUAAGAUCUUAGGAUUUAUUCUUACUUUUGUAAAUUAAAUUAAAUUAAAUGGUUAAUUCUGUCAGUUAAUUAAUAGAGGUCAAUAUAUAUAUGUCGGUGAACGGUUCUGACUAGUCUUCUUCCAUCCAGUCGGAUCAGUUGUAGGCGGGUCAUCCUCUCUAUGAGUAGAUAUUAAUUGUAUUUAUAAUUUUAAUAUUAUUAUAUAUUCAAGACAUGCUCAUACAUCACAUAUAAAUAUAUGUAUGCAGUUAAAUAUUAGGCACGCAUUAUGCUGCAUUUUCUUAUUUGAAAAAAUAGAUGUGGAUAUCGCCUUAGAAUAAUUUGGAGCUAUAUGCAUGUAUCGGGGUGCGUGUGUUGUAGUGUGAUGGAUAUGGGUAGGACGAGCAAAUCAGCUUGAGCUAGUCUCACUUAGGGCCAGUCUUUUUUGAGAAAAUCGGGGUGAGUACGGUUUUGACCCCCGCAUUUAGAUUAUUAAGCGAAAAUCCGACUCAAGUUGAUCUCGAUUAUAGGUCUUGGAUUAAGAUAGCUGUAUAGGGGAUCAGCUCCUAUACGUAUUUAUACUUGAUGUGAUUUAUGUAUGUGUGAGUGCUCCAAAUUAUUUUUUGUGCGAAUAUUAUUUUAAUUUGGUGAAAUUUGUUGAUCGGUGUUGUAUUUCAUCCUUAAGGAUGCAUUAGAAUUAAAUAGUUAUAGAAAUUGUUUUUAAAAUAAAUAUCUUAGUCUACCAGUCUUCUAACUGGUCUGUGGCAAGACCACUUGCUGGAUCCAUUUAGAGUCUUGGAAUAGAUACCAUUUGGGAUUGAAAGGGAUAACAGUGUGGAACUCUCUCCAGCCAGGGUAGACUGGAAAGAAACGCUUGAGGGUCAUGUUAUAAUGCUAGAUGUGCCAGGGUUGAAAAAGGAGGAGCUGAAGAUUGAGGUGGAGGAGAACGGGUUGUUGAGAGUGAGUGGGGAGAGGAAGAGAGAGGAAGAGAAGAAAGGUGAUCACUGGCACAGGGUGGAGAGAUCCUAUGGCAAGUUUUGGAGACAGUUUAGGUUGCCAGACAAUGUGGAUUUGGACAUUGUGAAGGCUAAGCUUGAAAAUGGUGUGCUUACUUUGUCUUUCUCCAAGUUGUCUCCUGAUAAGAUCAAGGGUCCUAGGGUUGUUAGCAUUGCGGGUGAAGAGAAGCCAAGCUCAAAAACAGCGAGGCCAAACUAGAGCUGUAGAUCUUUUCAUGCAUGAAUUUUGAGAGUUGCUAAUAGAUAAAAGACUUGAAGAGAUGACUCUUUGAGAGAGAAUAAGGACUUUGUGAUUUCUGUUCUGUUUAUGUUGCAUGUCUUGUUAUUGUAAUGUCUGCAAAACUUUCAUAAUCUAAGACGAGAUUCUUGUCAAGUAA